GGGGACGUUCGCGAAUCUGGGAAAGAGACGAAGAAAUCCCACCAAAAGAGAAAAAAAGGGAGAAAAAAGCAAAAUAAGGAAGCACGCCGGCGGGCAUGGGAGCCGGCCGAACGAAGGCUAGGCAGCGCGGAGGCGCCGGCAUGGUUUCGGUCUGCGGCAAGACAUGUCCAUGAGUCCCGCCCGGAAGACGUCCCUACACCGACACCAGGAGGACGUCGUUGAAGACGACGAAGACGACACGAUCGCAACGGUGCUUCCGUCGGGCCGCCAAGGUCACCAGCAGCAGGGCCACAACAGCACUCCGUUCUCGGUGUCCGACAUCCUGAGUCCACUGGACGUGAGCACUGUCCAGCAGUUGCAGCACUUCCACGACGACACGGUGUCUGUGAGCUGUGCGGCCGCCACCGGCGGUUUCGGAGGACUAAUGAUGAACAGCCACUACGGGAUGCAGCUGGGUUCGCAGGGCUUUCCCGGUUCCCAGUAUGGCGCGGGCCCUCCGGACCUGACGGGACACUACGCCGACCCGAUGCGUCAGUCCGCGGCCGCGGCUGCAGCCGCGGGGUGGUACGGAACGGCACCGGACCCGAGAUUUGCAAUCUCGCGACUCAUGGGUGGUCCGGCGGGUGCCGGCGCCGGAGCGCAGCUGGGCCCGGCGCUGAGCGCGGCCUGCGGAGGUCCCGGCUCGGGCGCAGAUUCUAUGGGCAAAUCGGCCGCGGCUGCGGCUGCUGCCGCUGCAUGUGCCGCCGCGGCAGCGGCCGCAGGUAUGCAGUUUCCCCUGGGCCAGCGACGAAAGAGGCGCGUGCUGUUCACGCAGGCCCAAGUUUACGAGCUGGAGCGACGGUUCAAGCAGCAGAAGUACCUUUCAGCGCCGGAGAGGGAGCACCUGGCCAGCCUCAUACACCUAACGCCUACACAGGUGAAGAUCUGGUUCCAGAACCACCGCUACAAAUGCAAGCGGCAGGCCAAGGAGAAGGCCAUGGCCGAGCAGCAGCUGCAGCAGCACGGCGCCAGCAGCGUCGGCACAGGCGGGGCGUCAGCCACGCACCAGGGAUCGCACUCGCCUAGAAAGGUAGCUGUUCCGGUUCUGGUGAAAGACGGCAAGCCGUGCGGCAAUUCUUCGGGAGAAGAGGACGCCGUCGGCGACCUGCUCUCCUCAACCGGCUCCUCGGUCGGAGGUGUGGGCGCCUCGCACCACCAGUCCUCAUCUUCCUCGCAGAGGAGCGGCAACGGCAUAGGAUCAGGAGGGCUCCACCAUCACCAGCACCACCACCACAGGUCGUGCCUGGUGGACAGCUCUCCCGGAGCGAGGGUCAUGUGCGGGGGGCCUCCCAGUAGUUCCAGCCCUCUGGGCAUCAACGGUAUGGCAUCGUACGGCCAAGCGGUCGACCUGAACCCAGGCAGCAUGCGGGCCCACGAGGCGUCCCCGGCGACCGUCAAAAGAGAGGUCGCCACCGACGAUGACGACUGCAACUUCAGUGAGGAUGAAGAAGAGGAAGACGAUGACGAAGACGAAGAACAGGACUUCACUGCAGCGUCUGGAACGAGACCCCUGUCACUCAGACAGGGAGCGCCGGAAGGACUGCCGCAGGAUGAAGACCUCUGCGACAUUGUGCUCUGA